UGACCAUUAUCAGCCAGGGCCUUAUAUAUGCAGCCUGUUGCUGUUGUUUUGAGAGUACGAACACACACACACACACAUACACGCACACGCACAGCGAUACACACUGGGCAGGCGUUUUGCUGAGGGAUCAGCUCAGACCCAGAGCACCGGCCGCUGAACUAGAGGAGAAGAAAACCCAUGAGGGAGUUCAAGAGCAAGGACUUCUGGAGGGCCGUGCUGGCCGAGCUGGUGGGCAUGACCCUCUUCAUCUUCCUCAGCAUCUCCACCGCCAUCUGGAACCCCAACAACACAAAGCCGGACCAGGAGGUGAAGGUGUCUCUGGCCUUCGGACUGUCCAUCGCCACGCUGGCGCAGGCCUUGGGCCACAUCAGCGGCGCCCACCUGAACCCCGCCGUCACCCUGGGGAUGCUCGCCAGCUGCCAGAUCAGCGUCUUCAAGGCCGUCAUGUACAUCGUGGCCCAGAUGCUGGGCUCGGCGCUGGCCAGCGGCAUCGUGUACGGGACGCGGCCGGACGGCAACGCCGACCUGGGGCUCAACGCCCUCAACGGCGUCACUGCCAGCCAAGGCGUGGGCAUCGAGCUGCUGGCCACCUUCCAGCUGGUGCUGUGUGUCAUCGCGGUCACUGAUAAACGGCGGCGUGACGUCACCGGCUCGGCGCCGCUGGCCAUCGGCCUGUCGGUCUGCCUGGGACACCUGGCAGCUAUCAGCUACACGGGCUGCGGCAUCAAUCCCGCCCGCUCCUUCGGCCCCGCUUUGAUCAUGAAGGAUUUUAAGGACCACUGGGUCUACUGGGUCGGCCCCAUGUGCGGCGGCGUGGCGGCGGCGCUCAUCUACGACUUCCUGCUCUCCCCGAAGUUCGACGACUUCCCCGAGCGCAUGAAGGUGCUGGUCACGGCCCGUGGCGACUACGACGUCAACGGCGGCAACGAGGCCACGACCGUGGAGAUGACGUCGAAAUAGAGCCUCCGCCCGAACGCCAUUGUAUAUAUAUAACAAUACUCUGUAAAAAAAAACAAAAAAACAAAAAAACAAAAAAAAAUACAAAUUAAAGAGAUAUAUGAAGCUCUUAUGUUUUGUCUAGGUUGUCGGCAUUGUCUGUGCUGCUUCUGAGUAAGGAUUCUGGUCGUCGGGAGCACUUUAGUCGCAUUUCAUUCUGAUUCACUCCUUUCGUUUGACCAGGGACAAACUUUCUACCCAAACUGCCGAUCAAGUGCUGAGCUGAGUGUGAAGGACUUGACAGGGCAGUGAGCUGAAAUGUUUUUUAUUUCCUCAUCAGUAUUCUAUGUUGAGCCAUUUUUUUUGUAUGUACUUCUAUCACUUUAUAUUUCAGAUGGAUAAUGUAUUGUGUGCACACUCUUUUUUAAAUAAAACACUUGGUGUUAAAUCA